CUGACCCAGAACAUGGAACCUGAAAAUAUGGAAUCGGAAAAUGCAGAAACCGAAAAUAUGGAAACCAAAAAUCCAGAGUCUGAAAAUAUGGAGAUCGAAACCAUUUCUUCGGUUUCAGCUCUGCAAGCUCUCUCGAAGCUACUUUAUCCUGAAGAAGAGGAUGAUUUUGAGCCUGGACAGCCAAAUUGUUCAUCUGCUUUUGGAGCCAUGGGGCCUGGGAAUAUUGGACCUCCAAACACUGAAGAGCUCAGAGUCAUCCCUCAGAGCAGUGAUGAAAAUGCCGAGGAGAUCUGGAAUCCAGAAGAGGUUCCAGAGGGAGCAGAGCACGAUGACAUGUGGGAUGUUAGAGAAAUGCCUGAAUAUGAGGUUAUAUUCAAACAGCAGGUGGGAACUGAGGAUAUAUUCCUAGGAUUUUCGAGAAAGGAUUCUUCAUCCGCAUGUUGUGAAGAUCUAGUGGUUAAAAUUAAACUGCCAAAUACGAACCCUUCUGAAAUUAAAAUUGAUAUCCAGGAAUUGAUCAUUGACCUCCGUACUCCUAAUAAGAAGCUGUUGAUAACUCUUCCUCAACCUGUGGAAUGCAGCAGUGCCAAAGCUUUCUAUAUCCUGGAGACUGAGACUCUUGAAGUCACCAUGACUAUGAAAAGAGAACUGGAUCUCAUUAAUUUCUUCUAAAACUUCA